CUGGAGUCCUGUAACGUCUGCAGUCAACCCAUCAUGGAGCGUAUUCUGCGGGCUACAGGGAAGGCCUACCACCCUCACUGCUUCACCUGUGUGGUGUGCCAACGCAGCCUGGACGGUAUCCCCUUCACUGUGGACGCUGCCAACCACAUCCACUGCAUCGACGACUUCCACAAGAAGUUUGCCCCUCGUUGCUGUGUGUGUUCUGAGCCCAUCAUGCCAGCUCCAGGCCAGGAGGAGACUGUUCGUAUCGUCGCCUUGGACCGAGACUUCCACGUGCAGUGUUACCGCUGUGAGGACUGUGGUUCUCCUCUGUCUGAAGGGGACAACCAGGGUUGUUACCCCCUGGACGGGCAUGUCCUCUGUAAGAGCUGUAACACCAGCCGUAUCCAGGCCCUCACCGCCAAGGCUACCACUGACCUCUGAACCCCAGAUACCCUGCUACACCGCCAAGGCUACCACUGACCUCUGAACCCCACAUACCCUGCUACACCGCUCACCUCUACUGCCUGGCUGGCUGCCCUUCAGCCCGACACACACACACGUACACACACACACAUGUACACAUACACACACACACACAUGUACACAUACACACUUACACACACACACACGUACACAUACACACACACACACACACACACGUACACACACACACACACACGUACACAUACACACGUACACACACACGUACACACACACACACACACACACACACAAAUCUAUGAAUAUUAUGAAAUUGCUAAUGGGGAGAAACGAAGAUGUGAUGUCCCCGAAAUGUUGACAGUCUCGGUACGAUCGUCAUCCUGUUGAUUCCUUUAUUGCUGUCAUUAUUAUUAAUGUUCCCUCUACUUGCAUUUACUCUUUGACAUUGUAGUCACUUAGCAGACACUCCUUAAUCAGAGAGAUUCACAGGACAGUCAGCAGACACUCCUUAAUCAGAGAGAUUCACAGGACAGUCAGCAGACACUCCUUAAUCAGAGAGAUUCAGUCAGCAGACACUCCUUAAUCAGAGAGAUUCACAGGACAGUCAGCAGACACUCCUUAAUCAGAGAGAUUCAGUCAGCAGACACUCCUUAAUCGGAGAGAUUCAGUCAGCAGACACUCCUUAAUCAGAGAGAUUCAGUCAGCAGACACUCCUUAAUCAGAGAGAUUCAGUCAGCAGACACUCCUUAAUCAGAGAGAUUCACAGGACAGUCAGCAGACACUCCUUAAUCAGAGAGAUUCAGUCAGCAGACACUCCUUAAUCAGAGAGAUUCAGUCAGCAGACACUCCUUAAUCAGAGAGAUUCAGUCAGCAGACACUCCUUAAUCAGAGAGAUUCACAGGACAGUCAGCAGACACUCCUUAAUCAGAGAGAUUCACAGGACAGUCAGCAGACACUCCUUAAUCAGAGAGAUUCAGUCAGCAGACACUCCUUAAUCAGAGAGAUUCACAGGACAGUCAGCAGACACUCCUUAAUCAGAGAGAUUCAGUCAG